GUGUUUGUAGACAGAUGGCCGUCUCCCUGAUCAGAAGAGGCAUGAGAGCUGGAAGUCUGACCUCUUGGUGUUUAAGGAAUAAUGUAGCCUCCAGAACUCCUCAGGUCUCUGCAAGCUUUAGGCAACACAGGGCAAGCAAUGUACAAAAUAAGGACGAAGGAAGAACGCAUCAGACCGCAGCCUCCACCCAGUCAGAUGAGGACGGGCCAGCCAAAGAGCCCCAUGAGGAGACGGUGGAUGUCGUAUUUGUGGACCGGGAAGGCAAGAGAAUCCCAGUGAAAGGGAAGGUCGGGGAAAGCGUAUUAUACCUCGCUCAUAGAUAUGACAUUGACUUGGAAGGAGCCUGUGAAUCCUCUCUCGCCUGUUCCACAUGUCAGGUGUAUGUCAGCACAGAGUACUUUGAUAAACUUCCAGAGCCAGAUGAAAGGGAAGAUGAUAUGCUGGACAUGGCGCCGAUGCUUCAAGAAAACUCCAGACUGGGAUGCCAGAUCAUCCUCACUACAGAACUGAACGGAGCCGAGUUCACGCUCCCUAAAAUAACUAGAAACUUUUAUGUGGACGGUCACGUGCCAAAGCCGCACUAAGGACGUCAGCGGGAAAUCCAAUGGUUGAGCCGCAACGUAACGCACAAGAAGAAACGUAGACGGUGAAGAGUGAGCAGAGGAGACGGAUUCUAUUGUUACUUAUUCUUAAGAUCCCCCCUCCCCAAAAUUCAUUCAUCUACUGAGGGGCACCUUCACCAACGUAUUCUUCAAAACCGAUAUCUUGGCUAUAACCAAAAUAACUUUUAUUAUCUAAUGGUGAAUUGUCCACUACUUGGGCCCUGAUGGGUGAGGAAAGAUGUAGAUUGGUACAAUGAAAGUGCUGGACACCUCUGUAUUUAUUGUUGUCAAAGCUUUUGGACAAUGAGAGGGCAUGGUGGUGGGAGAGUGGGGUCUGUAUAGUCAUGUAGAUGGUUGGAGAGUGGGGUCUGUAUGAUCGCAGACGAGAACAAAUGUCUUUACUAGCCUCAUGUGACAAGCCCCAGGGGUAAUUU